AGGGACCCCGGAAGUGGCCGCUGCGGCAGGCUGUUGCUGACUGACUCUUGGCUUAGCGAUGGGUUGCGACGGGGGAACAAUCCCGAAGAGGCAUGAACUGGUGAAGGGGCCGAAGAAGGUUGAGAAGGUUGACAAAGAUGCUGAAUUAGUGGCCCAAUGGAACUAUUGUACUCUAAGUCAGGAAAUAUUAAGGCGACCAAUAGUUGCUUGUGAACUUGGCAGACUUUAUAACAAGGAUGCCGUCAUUGAGUUUCUGUUGGACAAAUCUUCCGAAAAGGCUCUUGGGAAGGCAGCAUCUCACAUUAAAAGCAUUAAGAAUGUGACAGAACUAAGGCUUUCUGAUAAUCCCGCCUGGGAAGGGGAUAAAGGAAACACAAAAGGUGACAAACACGAUGACCUCCAGCGGGCACGAUUCAUCUGCCCCGUCGUGGGCUUGGAGAUGAAUGGCCGACACAGGUUUUGCUUCCUGCGGUGCUGUGGUUGCGUGUUUUCUGAACGAGCCUUGAAAGAGGUAAAAGCAGAAGUUUGUCACACGUGUGGGGCUGCCUUCCAGGAGGAUGACGUCAUCGUGCUCAAUGGCGCCAAGGAGGAUGUGGAAGUGCUAAAGAGCAGGAUGGAGGGGAGACGGCUGAAAGCGAAGCUGGGGAAGAAGGCAAAGAAACCCAAGGCGGCAGAGUCUGUCUCAAAACUAGAUGUCAGUGAAGAAUCUCCAGGGCCAUCAAUGAUUAAUACGGGGAAGCCUGAAGAAACGAGCUGUGAUUCUAGAGAGAAGAAAACCAACUCUGCUCCCAAAAGUGCAGCGACAAAUGGAAGCUCUUCUGGAAAGGUCGGGAAGGCUCCGUGUGGAGCCGUGAAGAGGUCCAUCGCCGACAGCGAAGAAUCUGAAGCUUACAAGUCUCUCUUCACGACUCACAGCUCCGCCAAGCGCUCCAAGGAGAAGUCGGCCCACUGGGUCACCCACACGUCCUACUGCUUCUGAAACCCACGCAGGCUCGGCUCGGUUUCCGUGUAGACAGGCGGUGUGGGCCCUGCUAGAUCUCUGUUUGCACGGUGUCAUCAAGUCGUCCUCCCAGACCUCGGCGCCAGCCUGCGCUCUGCCUGGGAGGGGUGGUGGGGGACUCGCAGAGGGGCCGUGCUGGGCCCCUCCCCCACAGGCGCACGCUCAUUUCCACCUGCAUUUGCUCUUCUUGCCACGGCCCAGAGGCUGUGUUGGCUGCACUUUUUAUGUUUGAAAUAAUUCAAGACUCCAGAUUCCUCUUGGGUGUGUGGUCGGCUCAUUUUGACUAAAAUUCUAAUGGUUUUGCCACCAACAGGAAAUUAAAUAGGCCAAGUGAAACUGAACUUCAGAGAGGAGGAGUUGCAAAUGCUUUCUGCCUGCAGGGCUGUUGAGGGAGCGUCUCCAGCAGCAGGCAGCCGGGCCUGUGGGUCCAGUGCUAUGGGAGGUUUUCUUGUUUUAUCGUUUUGAAGGUAGAGGAGAUUUAGUUGGGCACCUUAUGAUUUGGUGAAAAAAAUAAAGCAAGUCUGAAGUCUG